CAUGGCUCCAACAACCCCUGCGUGCAUUGAAUGAUAUAGCCACACAUUACCAUUUGGUCUUAAGUCGGCUUUCCAAGCAAUUCCUUAGCCCAGAAAAUAGAUUCAAGACUUUGUACUGGUAAAAUCUCUGUUCCAGCAGGCACGAGGAGUAAUCAGAUGCUACUGAGCUUCAAUUUAGGCAGCCAGCUGUGUAUAAAUAAGAAAAGUAGCUAAUCUCAUCAUACGUGAACCAAAUCCAAAAUGAAGCCUCCAAACUCUUGCGUUUCUGUUGCUUUUGUUGUUUUAAUUUCGUUUGCGCUGCAAUCAUCAUCAUCCUCUCAUGAAGACUUCCUCCAAUGUCUUUACCUUCAUUCCCCAAACGCCACCUCUUUCUCUAAGCUCGUCUUCACCACAACCAACUCCUCUUACUCAUCCCUUUUACACUUUUCCAUUCACAAUCUCAGAUUCUCAUCCGACACAACUCCCAAACCCCUUGUCAUAGUCACGCCUCUCCGACCAUCUCAUAUUCAAGCUUCCAUCUUUUGCUCCCAACGUCAUGGAUUACAGAUUCGAACCAGAAGUGGCGGCCACGACUAUGAGGGCCUCUCCUACGUCUCCCACCACCUUCCGUUCAUCGUCCUCGAUCUCAUCAACCUUAACUCAGUCCAGGUGGACCGACACAGUGCUACUGCAUGGGUCCAAUCUGGGGCUACUGUUGGUCAAGUUUACUACCAGAUUGCCCAGAAAACUAAAUCCCUGGCCUUCCCUGCGGGUGUGUGCACCACUAUGGGUGUCGGUGGCCACUUUAGCGGAGGAGGUUAUGGCUUCUUGAUGCGCAAAUAUGGUCUUGCUGCUGAUAAUAUAAUUGAUGCCCAUAUAAUUGAUGCAAAAGGAAGGCUUCUUGAUAGAGAAUCCAUGGGCGAAGACCUGUUUUGGGCCAUCAGAGGAGGAGGUGGAGCCAGCUUCGGAGUUAUUACUGCGUGGAAGAUAAGGUUAGUUUCUGUACCGCCAAGCGUGACGGUUUUCAGAAUUCCAAGGACAUUAGAACAAAAUGCGACCAAGCUUGUUCACAUCUGGCAAUCUGUCGGAAGCAAGCUUGAUAAGGACCUGUUCAUCAGGGUCAUAUUGCAGAGGGUGAAUGUGAACAACAGGACAACCAUACAAGCUUCAUUUGAGUCUAUGUUUUUGGGAAGUGUAGGAAAGCUGCUUCCUUUGAUGCAGGACAUGUUCCCCGAACUGGGCUUGGUGAGGGAAGAUUGUGUUGAGAUGAGCUGGAUUGAUUCAAUCCUUUACUUUGCCAAUUUCUCAAGUGGUUCCCCUCUUGAAGUUUUGCUCAACAGAACUGAUCUAACUAAUGGUCUGUUUUUCAAGGCGAAAUCGGAUUAUGUGAGAAAAGCCAUUCCAGAAGAUGGUUUAGAAGGGAUAUGGACAAUGUUUUAUGAACAAGAAGCAGAGUUUGCCAUUAUGAUACUAAAUCCUUAUGGAGGAAGAAUGGAUGAGAUUCCGGAGGAUGAGAUUCCAUUCCCGCAUAGAUUCGGGAACCUGUACAAAAUUCAACAUGAGGUGUACUGGCUGGAGGAAGGGAAUGAAGCAGAAGAAAGGCAUAUUAAUUGGAUUAGAAGAUUAUAUGCUUAUAUGGCACCAUUUGUUUCCAAGUCUCCCAGAGCCGCAUAUCUGAAUUACAGAGAUCUUGAUAUAGGGGUCAAUAACAACAAUGGUCAUACCGGCUACGACGAAGCCAGCAUUUGGGGAUCCAAAUAUUUCAAAAACAACUUCAAGAGGCUGGCAGACGUGAAGACUAACGUUGAUCCUCUUAACUUCUUCAGGAACGAGCAAAGCAUACCUUCUUUAAUACCCAGCCACUAGAGGGUAUAUCACAUUGCAUGCUGGCUCCAUUGAGCACUAAUCCCUGGACCAUCAUGUGUUUAAUUAGUGAGAUUAUUAGUUUUACCUUCUUACUGCCAUUUUGAUUUUUCCGUAAUUGCAUUCCGUCUGUGUCACCACCAUUUGUCUCUGUUUUACCUUGGUUCCAUAAUAUUGUUAGUUACAUUUGACCAAAAUGAUUAGGCUCAUGGAAUUUUGCGUGUUAAUAUUCUAGAUUUACCUUAAUGGAGAUUUUGAGUUGA